AUAUUAUCUUUGGUAUGCUGUAGUUGGUAAACAUCGCUUUCUUCCAGGCGUACAUAACCUAAUAUAUUAUUAAGAUGGCGGUUUCUUUAUGCAGAAGAUUAAUAGGAGUUAAAUAUAGUGUUUAUGCGUUGCCGUGUAGAGCAACAGGAUAUGUUGUAUUAAUCCCAGAGGUUUCUGCAGACAUUCCAGAGAAGCUUCUCACGAAGACGGAUGGCUUGCCUAGUCUCAGCAACUUGACUACAGAUGAGUGUGUGUCAGCACUCGGUAAAUGCAUUUUAGAUUAUGAAGCUGAAGUCAGGAAUGUUGAAGACAAAUUGAAAGACUGGAAGUCGGCGGGCUCGUUGUUUGGGGAUGUUUUUGACCCGUUGGAGAAGGUGGGAGACUCCCUGGACAACAUGUGGAGCAUCGCCAAGACCAUGUACCUGGCCAACAGUGAGGUGAUGCCGGCCGCGCGCUACGUGGGGCUGCACGAGCGUGCGAGGAAGGCUCGAGCGUCCAAGUUCAGCAGCGCGCCCAUCUACAACGCCUGCAAGGAGUCCAUUGCAACAAAUAAAGAACAGUACUCUGAAGAACAGAAGCGUGUGAUUUCUAAGUUCCUAUUGGAGGGUCGCUUGAAUGGCAUUGAACUGCAAGGCAGGGACAGGAUAAGGCUAAAUGAGACUCUACAAAAAAUAGAAAUGCAACGGUCUGAUUUCAGAAAAAAAAUUGAGUUCACCACAAAAAAAUUUCAGCACAAAAUCAAGGAUCCAAAUAUCAUGCGGGAUUUUCCCGAAGACAGUUUGAGAGAAAUGGCUGCAGACAGCACCCAGCCAAGCCGGGGCCCGUGGACGGUGACUCUGCGACCCGGGAUGUACCACCACUUCCUGCAGUUCUGCGGGGAGCGGGAGCUGCGGUGGAACGUGUGGCAAGCCUGGGUCGGGCGAGGUUCAGGCAACUUCGAAAGGAACUUGGAGACGAGCACACACGUGGAGAAGCUCAGGGAUCUCAGGGACGAACAAGCAAAGCUUCUGGGAUUUGAAAAUUUUGUCGAUAUGUCGAUGGAAACUAAGAUGGCUGGCAGUGCUCAGACUGUGUUGGCAAUGUUAGAUUCCUUGCUAAAAACAGCGAAACCUGCUCAAGAGGCAGAACUGAAAAGUCUCCAAGAGUUUUCCGAGGAAAGAGGGUUCAGGGGCACGCUACAACUGUGGGAUGUCCCGUACUGGAAGAGGAAACAACAGAAAACUCUGUACAGUUACAAUGAAGAGCACUUGCAGGACUUCUUCCCAUUCCUGCACGUGCUGUCUGGCCUUUUCUCGUUGUGUGAGCGUCUGUUCGGGAUUGCCAUUGUCGAACGGCCUGUCACGGACACAUGGCACCCAGAUGUCCAGUUCUUCGAUAUCCUGGACAUGGAGAAGGGAGAGCCAAUCGCAGGUUUCUACAUCGACCCAUACAGGAGGGAUGAAGGCAAGUUGCGGGUGAGCAGUGAUGAUGGUUGGGUGAUCACUUUGCAAAAUAAGACCUUGGAGGCAAAUGCAAAACCCCUUGCAGCAUUAAUAUUCAACUUCCCACAGCCUCUGUAUGGCAAGCCAUCUCUACUCCCAUUCAAGGAUGUGCUACUGCUUUUUGGAAAGUUCGGGCACUUGCUGCAACACCUGUUAUCAACCACCCUGUACAGUGAGGUGUCUGGUUUAUCGAACCUCGAGUGGGACGCUGUAGAAGUUUGCAGCAACUUCAUGACCCACUGGGUGUACGAGCCUGAAGUGCUGCAGUCGCUGAGCAGCCACUACGACCGGCAGGAGCCUCUGCCGCGCGAAGCCGUGGACAAGCUGUGCCAGCUGCGCCAGCACCUGGCGGGCUACGAGCUGUGCCAGGAGCUAUACCUGGCCACGCUGGACCUGCAUCUGCACUGCAGGAAGGACUUCUGGCUGGACGUGGUGAAGGACCUGUGGCCCCAGCACUGGAGCUUCCCGCUGGAGAAGUGUGACUACCACCCCUGCUCCUUCACGGAGGUGUUCUGCGACCAGUGGGGUGCGGCGUACUACUGCCACCUGUGGGCCCGCAUGGUUGCUGCCGAUGCCUACAGCUCCUUCAGGGAGGCGGACGCGGCCGGUCCUGCGGAGGUCGCUGCUGUCGGCAAGAGGUUCCGAUCUGCUUUCCUGUCCCGUGGUGGAGGGAUGCACGCCAGCAGAGUGUUUAGGCUGUUCCGUGGGCGAGACCCGUCACCAGCCGCUCUGCUUUGCACUUACGGGCUUAAGCACAAGGCUCCCCUGUCGUAAAUAUCCAGGCAUGAUGGAAGUAUCUUUACAUGUAGCUUCUGUGCAUUGUAAGGAAAUGUUUCCAACUGAAAUUUUUGUACAUACUGUAUUAAAUCACAAUUUCCUCAA